UCAAACUGGAGUAGCUUACCUUUGUUGAGUUGAGACUUGAGAACAAGAGAAAGAAAGAGAACAACAGCGUAGAAGCCCUCCAACGACAACGAGGUCCAACCUUCUCUUCUCUGUAGCACCACUUUCCAAAAAAAACUGCACCUUUAACAAUUGCUAUUGCUAUUGCUAUUGUUCGUCAAUUUAUGGAAAACCCAACUUCAGAUUCUCUCUCUGCCACUCUUGGCAACUCAAUCCAAGCUCUGGGUCGUGGCUUUGAUGUCACAUCGGAUAUUAGGCUUCUAUACUGCAAGGGUGCUCCUGGCUCAAGGCUUGUUCACGUUGAUGAGGAUCACACCAAGAACCUUCUUCUUUCGCAUGACCUCGUUAUUCCCAAUGUCUCUAUGGAUGUUGAUUGGUCACCUGGGAAGGAUGGUAUAGAGACGACCCCUGUGUAUAGUUUCCACGAGAUGGCGAAAUAUUUCAAUGAGAGGUCAGGCAUAACAGGACAUAUUCCACUGGGAAGCUUCAAUUCCAUGUUCAAUUUUACUGGGUGCUGGAUGGCUGAUGCAGCAGCCACCAAAUCCCUUGCCAUGGUUGGAUAUUUCAUUCCUCUGGUUGAAGUUAAACUAAACAAACUAAAUUUGGUCUUGACUGAUGAAGUAAAGCAUGCUGUUCCUUACUCUUGGGAUCCAACAUCCUUGGCUAGUUUUAUUGAGAAUUAUGGUACCCAUAUUGUUACAUCUGCAACUGUUGGUGGAAGAGACGUAGUGUACAUCAGGCAGCACCAAUCAUCUUCUUUGUCUGCUUCAGACAUUGAGACCUAUGUAAAGGACAUUGGAGAUGAUAGGUUUCACAACGUUAAACACUUUUCGGGUCCUGGUCCUUUAAAGUAUAAGGAGAAGGAUGUUACUGUCAUAUUUAGGAGGAGAGGAGGGGAUGAUCUUGAGCAAAGUCAUACUAAAUGGGUGGAAACUGUAAAAUUGGCACCUGAUGUCAUUAACAUGAACUUUACACCCAUUGUUUCUCUUCUUGAAGGAGUGCCUGGCAUAAAACAUUUGGCUCGUGCUAUUGAUCUAUAUCUGCAGUACAAACCACCUAUCGAAGACCUACAGUAUUUCUUGGAUUUCCAAAUAACUCAAGUUUGGGCACCAGAGCAAAAUAAUCUACAAAGAAAGGAACCUGUCUGUCAGUCUCUUCAGUUCAGCUUGAUGGGACCUAAGCUUUUUGUCAGUCCAGAUCAGGUAACAGUUGGACGCAAGCCUGUCACUGGACUUAGGCUUAGCCUAGAGGGCAGCAAACAGAAUCGACUUGCUAUUCAUUUGCAGCAUUUAGUCUCCCUCCCGAAGAACCUUCAACCUCACUGGGACACACACAUGGCCAUAGGUGCUCCCAAGUGGCAUGGUCCCGAGGAGCAAGACAGCCGUUGGUUUGAACCAAUCAAGUGGAAGAACUUCUCCCAUGUAAGCACUGCACCAAUUGAGUACACCGAAACUAGCAUUGGGGACCUGUCCGGUGUUCACAUUGUCACAGGUGCCCAGCUUGGUGUUUGGGACUUUGGUGCCAAAAAUGUGUUACACCUCAAGCUCCUUUUCUCUAAGGUACCGGGAUGUACAAUACGGCGGUCCGUGUGGGAUCACAAUCCCUCCGCUCCUGUUGCUCAGAGACCAGAUGGUGCUUCAUCAUCAUUGAUGAAGAAAACCUCCGAAGAUAAAAAGGAAGAUAGUUCAAUCCACAUUGGAAAACUGGCAAAAAUUGUGGACAUGACAGAAAUGUCCAAAGGCCCCCAAGAUAUUCCUGGUCAUUGGUUGGUUACCGGGGCUAAGCUUGGAGUUGAAAAAGGAAAAAUUGUGCUGCGGAUAAAAUACUCUUUGCUUAACUAUUGAUUGAUAUUCUUCUUCUUUUUCUCUAUUUGUUAUUUGUUAUUUUUUCCCCUUCAUAUUAGAAACAGUAGUCAAGCAUUCUUUGCACAGGGAAUCUCGGAGUUUUUUGUGUUGUAGAUUUUGCUUUAGUUAUUUAGUUAAUGGUCAUUUAGAUGUUGAUUACAUUUCUACAAUUUUAAAUUCAAUUUUGUUUAUCUACUGGACAAUGAAUAUAAUGACUUUAGUAGACAGACAGAUAAUGACCUUUUUUUAUACUA